AUGAAGAAGUAAGAAAGAAGAAAGAGCGCAGAUUCUAUACAGAAUGCAGAGGGUUCUAUAUAAAAUCUAAAUGCUAUUAAAGGAGAUGUAGUAUUUGCUUAAAAUAUUGCAGAAAAAUCUCAGUCAGUACUAAAUGAUUAAGAUAGCCUUCUUAACUAAUAAGAAAAUCAAUUACUUAAGAAAGUAGGCAGUGGAUAAAAUAGCGGCAGUAGCUAGGCAAAUAUUUAAUAAUUUGGUAAAUCAAAAUCAAGAUAGAUGAUCCAUAGUAACAGCAACUUCUAAGCAAACAAUUCUAAUAGCCACAACCAUUUAUUUUUAACAUCUUAAGGAAAUAAUAACAACACAAAUAGCAGUUCUAAUAUAAAUUUAAAUGGUGGAUAAUAUAAACAUAUUGAUUAAUUCCCUAAAAUUUCAGAAGCUUACAGUUAAUUAAAUAAUAUGGUAGAGUUUUUAGAAGAAAAAGUUGAUGGAGUUAUUGAACGUCAUGAAGCUGAAUUUUUAUUAGCCUAUAAAAAUCACAUGAUAAAAAUACGCAAGGAAUUAUAAGAAAUGAAAAAUCGUAUGGAUGAGUAAGAUAAAAAGUUAAAGGCGGGAGAUAAAAUGGACUAAUUAGAGAAAUAACUUUCAUGGUUUAGAGAAGAAUCUCUCAAAUUAUAUGAAAAACUUGGCUAAAAGGAUAAAAGCAUUACAGAUUAUAAGCAUACUAUUUAAGAUCAAAAGAAAAAUAUUGAGUUUUAGGAGCAGCAAAUUGCUAAACUUAAUAAAAAAAUCAGAUUUCUAAUGAGAAAAAUAUCUAGCAACGAAAAUGUUAACUUCGAUGAAAGGAGUGCUUCAAUUUCAGCAUAAAAUUACUACUCUUCAUAAGGAGUAAACAAUUAGUAAGAUUACUCUAUUAACUAUAUAAGUUAAGCAAACAACAAUAAUUCGUUAAAUGCUUAGCCAAAUAAUCAUUACAACAGAGGAAAAGGUUCUUCUAAUUCUAUAGGAACAAGCAACAGCAGAAGACCUUAAUCCUCUGAAUAUUCAACAAGCUAGGGUAAAUUUUAACAAAAUCUUUUCAAUUAACUUAAUGGUAACAGUAACAUUAAUAGUUAAAAUAAUAACAUCAACAAUAUAAACAAUCUAAGCAGCAACAACAUUUAUCUUUCUAGCUUGAAUCAAAACACUAGUAAUAACUAAUAUAAUUUGUUAGGAGACGUUGUGGAAUAAAAUGAAACUUAAAACAGUUAGGCUAACAAUGAUGAUUUUGGUCAAAGCAAAACUAACAUUAUGAGAAAUACAAAGGUAUAAUUCGGGUAAUAGGCAAAUAAAUUUGAUGGAUGGAUACCUUAAAGUGAUUUUAUUGCUGAGAUGGUUAUGAAGUAUGAGAAUGAUCAGUUAGCAUUAGUUAGGGAGAUUACACACAUGUUUAAAGUGGAAGAUGAAAAAAAAUAAAAGCAGAUCAAGAAAUUGAAAGAAAGAUUAGAUAAAGUCCUGAAAGAAAAACUUACUCAAAACGUAGUCAGAAGCGACCUUGAGAACUUUUUCUUAGAGUGUAUUGAAACAGUAAGAAAGUAAAUAAUAAAAAGAAAACCACCUCCUAAAACUGCUGAAAACUAGCUUAAUUUCUACUUAACCCAAAUUAAAGACUAUUCAGUUUUUAGAAAUGAAGAUAAAAUUAAAAUUUUAGAAUUGUUACUCUCUAACGAAAGAUUGCUCAUGUUUAUUUAUUAAAAAAUUUUCCCCUAAAACUUCAAUAAAUUUAUGAGCCAAGCAUUAAACUAGACAUUCUAAAACACUAAUGAAAAAGACCCAAUGAAGGCAUUUGAAAUACAAAAGCAUUAAUAAAACUUCAAGCAGAAUGGAAAAAAUAUUGAUACUGACUAAUUGGUUCAAAUGGUUGAAGAGAUUUAACAAUAAAAUAAGGAAAGUGAGGAUUAAACCAUGACAACUCCUAUAAAUAAGUUAAGCAUUUAGCAGUAAGUGGAAAAGUUCUCUAGACCUUAGACUAGAGAUAUUGAGUAAUAUGAUGUAGCAAGAGCUAUAAGAUAGGAGAACAAAUUAGCAAACAGAUAAAGACCAUUUACAUAACAAAAUCAGCUGAACUCCAAUAAGCACAACUAAACAUUCGAUGAGUAUAAUGUAAAUACGUCAUUUUAAAAUUAAAAUAAAAGAUCAUCAAAUAAUAGUUUCUCCUUAGAAUAAAAUUUAAAAAAUAACAAUUAGCAGUAGCCUAAUAAUAUUGCCCCUAAUUCUGUAAAAUUAAAGCUAAAUAAUCUUAUAAAUAAUGACUUUUCUUCUCUUGGCUAACAAAAAAGAGCCUCCUUCAAAGCUAAAAUCAGCUAAUAUAAAAUUUAUUGA